GUAUGUCACUACUUUGAAUAUCAUGAAAAAAUAAAAAUAAUUUAUAUCUGGAAGUUUUGAUUGAUCAUUCUAAAUCUGUAUAUGGCUUAGUUUUAUCAUUUGGAGAUGAUGAAUAUUAAUUGUAAUAAUCAAACCAGGAUAGAAUUUAGAAUGGAAAAUAAAAGAUUUAAUUACAGUGGGAUGGCGUGGAUUCAAAUAUGCUUAUUGAAGAUAAUAUUUUUAACUUUCUCAUCAGUUUAUAAAGAAUUAUCUCUGUUUUGAGAUUAAUA